AUGUUACAGCCCAUUACAUACGAUUACAAUUCUUCUACAUACAAAAUAUUCAAUAUUCCUGUUUUAUGUGAUGAUUUCUAUGCCACCUCUAAAAAUAUUCUCAUUCUCGCUAAUAAUACUAUAAAAAUAUACACACAUAAUAAAUGUACAAGUAUUAAGUUAUAUAAAAUUAUAAAACACAAUCUUAUACUUUUUAUAGAUAAAAAGUGUAUUAUAAAUAUAUUAUACAGGUUAUUAAUAAAUAAUUAUAAAACUAUUGAAGAUAUUAUUUUAUAUUUAAAAGUAGAUAAUAUUCGCAAAGUACAAGAAAUGACAGAAGGAUUUCUUAUUACAUAUAAAGAUGGUAGUAAAGUAUUUUACAAUCUGAAUUUAGAAAUUAUAGAGAAGCCUUGUUGUUCUGUACUUAAACCACUUAAAAUUAAUACAGUUAUAAAAACAGGUGAAAGAUCUAUAUGCAUAAAAAAAAAUGAAAUAGAAAUAGAUGGUAGAAGUUUUGAAUGCGGAAAUAUUUUAAAGGUGGUAGGCUAUGAAAAUUACUUAUUUAUAAAAAAUGAAAAAAUGUUAAAAGUAUUUGUAUUUGAAAAAUAA